AAAUUAAUGAAGUAUAAAGAAAUGUUAUGACCAGUUGAAUUUAAAAAAAGAACGAAAGUGAAAGUAAACCAGCGAACAGACGCGGCACAUUCAAACAGUCGAACACAACGGCCAGAAAUAAAGACGAACAGCAGCAGAAUAGGUGUUAUACAGUGCUUUAAGGUGGAUAACUGUUGCCAUUUACACUAGUAUAUGACUGUUUUGACUGCCUGGUACAACAAGCAACUGUAUCUUUGAUUUCUUUGAAGUAAAAAUGGCAAUUACUCGAUAUAAUCGUGGAAGCAAAGAACUUGUGUUCCUUAGUGAACAUAAAAGUAUAGAAGAAUUAAGGGAGGAGGAAUUAAAUGAACACAUGUGGAGACGGUAUCUCAGAAGAAGACCUCUACUACCAGAAGUGAAAUUAACCAUCUCUAAACUUCAGCAUGUCACAACCAAAACGGGAGUGAAAGGAAUCAUUAGAAAUGGAUUUAAAGGUGAAUACUAUGCUAUUGGUAAUUGUAAUUAUGGUCCUUUUUCCUAUUGGAGUGGUGUUGUUGAUCCUGAAGAAGUAGAAACAAAAAUAAGUGACUGGAUUGAAGAAAAUACAGACCUAGACCCAUCGGACAUGAAUGCUAAUUCUCCUGCAUUUUCAGAAGAGUCUCUCUAUGGAAAUUAUAAGUUCUCCUUGGACUUUGAAGACGUGCUAAAUGCCUACGAGUACACGUUUUGUGAUGGUGAGAAUGCUGUUUUCCGGGUGUUUGGAACGUCCUGCUUUAAGCAGCAAAUUGUGUAUACAGUGAUUGUUCACAGUCCCCAUGAGGAUCAGUUCUGUGACUUUCCGCUUCUUCCAAAUGAUCCAGAUAACAGCAUCUGUGGCCUAGAGGACGAUACAAUUUUCUGGUGGCCAGAAUCUGUUAGCAGCUUCAAUGAAUAUAACGAUGAUGAAAGCAUUGAUUGGAGAAAAUAUUUUGUAUGGGAUCAUUUGGUGUUUGCUUUCCAUGUUGAGCAUUACUUCCAAUUUACCAAAGUAUUCCUCUUAAAGCACCUUACACCAUGCCAACUCUAUGAAGUAAAUAUAUGCAUGGAAAAAGAAACAAGACGUACUGCCAAAAAGUUCAUCAAGUGGCUAAAAUACUGCAAUAGAUAGUGAAGGCACAAACGGGUAAUAGAUGCAUUACUUUAGGGCAGCAUCCAUACAUUUACUUUCAACAUUUUUACACAGACUACUCUAUCCAUCCAUUUCUUAAAACCCGCUUAUUAUAUUUCAAGAUCGCCAGUUAAUUAGAACUUACCUUUUAAAAGUUCUAUUCAGCUGAAAUGUGUUUGUGCUUUGAUUCAUAUUUCAACAGAAAUUAUGUUCAUGAGCUGUUACUAUACUUUGAAACAAAUCCACUGCCAAGAUUUGAGGUCAUGAGCUCUAUGCCAGUCUAUCAUUUUCUAUCCUUGUCUAUCCAGUUCAGUAUUGUGGGGAGCUGGAGUCGAUCCCAGCAGUGCUGGGAAAAGGCAGAAACCAGUCAUUCACAUGGACCAGAGUUCAAUGUGUUAUGUUUAAGUUGUGAAGUAUGGAAUAGGCACAAUUAGGCUUUUUAAAUAUACGGUUCAAUCCACCAACAUAAAGAAGCAGCAAGCAUGUUUUUGCCAGACAGCUUGGAGACAUUUUCAGAUUUACAGAGGGAGGACUUACACAGUACUGCAGUGUUACACAACUUCACAGCUUCAGACGCCUGGGUUCAAAUCCUGGCUGGGAAGUUUGCAAGCUCUUCCAGUAAUUUUUUGGGAUUUCCAUCCUGAUCCUAAAUACUUUUUAGUUCCUUCCUUCCUUGUGGCGCAUGGCUCUCAGCAACUGUGAAUUAGGAUUGACAAGUUUGAAAUUGUAAAGGUGAUUUUUAGCCCUUAUUUUGAGUCAUUGUUCUAUAGUUGGAAAUGUCUAGAAACUGUGCAAGAAAGUCUUUUUAUAACACUUCAGCAUCGUGGACUGUUAGACUCAAAAGGUGCUUAAGAUAUUUUAAAUAAAUUACUAUUGUCCAAAAGGAUGCAGUUGGCUUAAAGUUUUCCUUGAAGGAGUGCGACGAGAUUAUAAUUACAAAAAAAGUGCUUUAUACUAACUUUUGUCUACCUGGUUUACAGCAUGUAGUUUCUUCUCUAGGAAACACCAUCUGACCUUGGGUCUCAGCACAUGAAAAUAUUCUAUUUUUCAUUUUUAGAUCAUCCUCCUUUACCUUUUUAAGUAAAUGUGCUUGUCUAAAAAUGUUCAUGUUUAUCAGUAAUAUGCUAAAUAAACGCUUGUAUUUUCACAUUUAUAAAAACUUUGUCUGAAAAAAAAAUUGGCAGCAUAUCCAUGAUUACAGUGCAAGGUAACAUCUUGCAUAGUAUGCUCCUGAGACAUCUUUCUUAAAUAAAGUUCUUAUAUACAGUA